UUAGAAUAACCUUUCAAUGGGCUGAGCAACUACUAGACAAAAUAUAAGCAAACCAGAGUUAACGAAGAAACAUCGAGCUAAAAAGAUAGUUGCAGUAAAGUACCAUGAGGAGUUCCUUGACAACAACGAUUUUAAGGCAAAACAACAUAAUAUCUCACUAAGCCCGUCUGGGUUUAGCUAUCUCCAGGACUUGGGCUCUGGGUCUUACUCAAAAGUGGGACUUUAUUCGAGGGGAGCCCUAGAGGACUCCCUCUACGCUGUAAAGUCUAUGCCUAAGAUCAUUGAAAAGUCCUUGCAAGAUAAAACCAAGAAAAAGGAUCUGGUAGUUUACGACGAAAAUUUGAAAGGAGCAAUCUACCAUGAGCUUUACCUCCUAUCCAGGUUGGAUCACCCAGGAAUUUGUAAAUAUUUUACAAGCUAUGAAAAUGAUAAAAAUGUUGAUGCUGUAAUUGAGUACUGACAUGGAGAAACACUGGACCAGGCUUGAGCCAUCCUACCCAGAGGGUACUGUGCAGCCAAGCUGAAUAUAAUGUAUCUCUUAUGUAAGACACUUCAAUAUCUCAAGAAUCAAGACGUUAUCCAUCGAGACUUAAAACCUAAGAACAUUAUUAUCUGAGAAGAUGUCAAUGCAAAGUUAGGCUAUUCAGUAAAACUUAUUGAUUUUGGUCUAGCCAAAGUAAGCGGAGGGGACAGCAACUACGCUGGAUCUCCACAGUUCAUGGCACCUGAAUCCUUCACACGAAAGUCAGACUUUUGCUCAGAUGUCUGGUCUCUGGGAGUUAUCUUUUAUAAUAUGAUCUCCGACACCUAUCCAUUUGAUGGUGAUACACACCAUGACUUAUUUGAAGCAGUCUCUAUGGACUUCUUAGAAUUUGUUCCCAGAAGAAUCUGGGAAGAUACUCCUGUGGAGAUCCUCGAUCUCAUUGAAAAGAUGCUCACAAAAGAUCCUAAGAAAAGGAUUAAAAUAGGUGAGGUCCUCAAACAUGGAUGUUUCCAAGAAAUUCAAAGGUUUGAGGUUAACUACAAUCUCCACGACAAUGAGAUCACCAAGAUUCAAAAAUUCCUGUGUUUAUCAGACUUUUCUCAAGCUCUUCUGAGUUACUCAGUGAGAUAUCUAUCUCACGAGAAAGUUUCUGAGGCGGCUGAGAAAUUUUUAUGAUGCGAUAAGAAUAACCUGGGUUACAUCCCUGUCAUAAAGGAAUCAAAAAGAACCUCUGCCAAGAUAAUUGGUAGGGACACCAGAAAACUUUCUGACCUGACGGCUGCUGAAACCUUGAUGACGACUAAGACCCUCACUAAGAUCCAUAGUCAUAAACUUAGCUACUCUGAAUUCAUUGCUGCCAUAACAGCAAGAGAAGACAUUUUGAAUGAAGAAGUUGCUGAAUUUCUCCUUGAAGAUCUCACUACUGAUACCUCAGAUUUUGAAGUAUCCCAAUCUGACUUAUUAAAGUCACCAAUUUUCGCUAACAAGCAUGCAGAAAUAGAGUCCAAUUUAGCUACUCUUAUUGGCAAUAAGGCCAUAAGUUUUGAAUGGCUUAAAAGUCAUAUUUUAAGCUUAUAUCAUUAA